AUGAUUCAGCUCCAAUGUUUCAAUGUUUGGUUUGUUUUUUUUGUAACGCUAACUUUAUUUCCAACAGUUAUGGCUGAUAUUGAAUAUUACAGCAAGAGUGGCAAAUACGAUUUCAUUAUUCCAGGUGAAACAUUUAUAUAUCUGUGUUUUAUAGAGAAGUUUUUCACUUCGAUAACGACAUAUUUACUAUUUAACUCAUGCGCUUGCUUUGGAUCAUUCCUGGCAAACUUUAUCAAUUGGCCAAAACCUAAGUGGCUAAUUGCACCAGUUCUGUGUCAAGCAAUUUUUAUACCUCUCAUGCUAUUUUGUAACUUCCGACCUCAUUACCGAACAUGGAAGAUAUGGAUUUAUGAUAUUCGAAUCUACAUCAUAAUGGCUAUUGUAAUGUCCAUAGGUAGCGGAUUUUACAGUGCUAAAGCUAUGAUGUAUGCUCCGAAACUAGUGGAGGUAUCAAAAUCAACAGUUGCUGGAAUGAUUUCAGCUUUUUUCCUCAUAUUUGGUGUUUUAUGUGGUGUAUCGUUCACUCUUGUUGUUUCCUGGUUCAUCAAUUCUGCUGGACCAUAUCAACCUGGAAAAUAUUAA